GGCGGUGGUGGUGGUGGCGCUGGCUGUGAGCGUACCGUAGCGUGACGUCAUGUCAUAUGAUUCUCCCAAACACACAGCAGACGAAACACUGACUCGGGAUGUCUGUGGCAGCAGCUCAGGGAAAGCUUAUUGCCGUCAUUGGCGAUGAGGACACAUGUGUUGGCUUCCUUCUUGGAGGCAUUGGCGAGAUGAACAAGAAGAGGGAACCCAACUUCUUGGUUGUGGAUAAGAACACCAGUGUUCAAGAAAUUGAGGCCUGCUACAAGAAGUUCAUGAAGAGAGAUGACAUUGAUAUAAUUCUUAUCAAUCAAAAUAUUGCUGAGCAGAUUCGCCAUGUCAUUGACAGUGACAAUGACAACCCCCUCCCAGCUGUACUUGAGAUACCUUCCAAGGACCAUCCCUAUGACCCAACCAAAGAUUCAGUACUGCGUCGAGCCAAGGGUCUGUACAGUGCUGAUGAUAUGCGUUGAGCAGAGCCAAUGGAUCAUGUACUAAGAAGGGAGUGGUACCUCCUGCCUCUCCCAGACCAGCAUUCCGAUAUGACUGUUGUGUAGUCUUGAUAGCAAUGUGGAGACUAGUGUGUGUGUGUUUGUGUGUGUGUAUAUCAUGUCAGCUCUUUAAUAUAGAUGAUUGUAAGUCUACUGAAAGAUGAAAUUUUAAUGUGAUGUUUCCAAUGGAAGUGUAAAUUUGCUUCAUCCUUGUUACUUAAUCUGUAAUAGCAUUUUAUUUAUUUAAGUUAUUUAUCUUUCUCAGAUUUUAGCAAUAUGGUUUAUAUCUUAUUAUUAUUUUUAUUAUCAUUAUUAUUAUUAUUGUUAUUGUUAUUAUUAUUAUCAUGGUAAUAUGCAUUCAUAUAUUAGAAUGUGCAUAUUUCAGAGAUCAUCAUAACCUCUUAAUAACGUGAAUGAACUGUUAGAUUUUUAUUCAAAUCUCUUAAAACAGAGAAAUAUAACACUUGAUAAGACAUUAUAUUUGAUUGUAAGAAAUCAUGCACAAAAACAUGAAAUGUAUCUAAGCUGAAAAAUGGUAUAGAAACAAGAUGAAAUUACUGCAUUUUUUUUUUUUUUUUUUUGUUUCCUUUACUUAGUCACUCUUCCUCCUGAUAAACCUAAGUUAUGCUUCACUUCAUUAGAGACAGGUGGUGGAAAUUCUACUCUUCUUUAUCUCUGAGGUCUGGUACUUUUCAACUAUGUACAUUGUAAUAAAAUUUGUAAAUGCUAAUUGUGUCUGAUUGCAGAGUUGAGGGUUGUGCUGUGCUGUAAACAUACUGCUUGUUAUCUUUUUUUUCUAUUUUGUGGAUAGUGUUUAUAUAAAUUUACUUUAUGUUGGUGUUGGAAAAGAUCUACUGUUAUGAAUUCUUAAAUAUAUGCCAAAACAAAGCACA